AUGGCAAACACUCGCCCGCGCUCUGGGCGCGAAAAAAGCGAGGACCAUCUAGCUGAUAUGGUUGAUGAUGGGUUCUUAAAAAAGAAACACGCAUACAACAAAUUUCUCGCCUUUCUGGAUUUCAAAGACGAGUCGGUCUUCAGCGCUUUCCGCCGCAGACUGGAAAGCUUUGCGGAUCAGCAGGACUUCAAGUGGGGUGAUAUGGAUGGCGACGAGUCCAAGGCGCGAGAUGCCUGCGCCCAAUGUUUUCUCUCUCAAUUUGGGAAAGAGUAUUGGGGGGACGAUGCUGACAAGAGGGAAAAGUACCUUACCCCCAGCGAGGGGCCGGAAGAUAACUUCAAAUGGCCAAAGGAUAGAGACCCGAUUACCAAGGCAAUUGUGAUACUGCUUUGGAAGAUCGCUGGGGGCAAGAGCAAAUUCAAACGUGAAUCUGGUGUUCCUCCGCCCACAAACACACGGCCAACGCAGACGCCGCAGUCUGCCCGGCCACUCCAGCGUACCCAGGCAAGCCAGCCAACUCAGCGGAGCCAAACAGUCCAACAAAGUCAAGCCAGCCAGCUCAGUCGACCUGGUCAACCUAGUCAGCCAACCCAACCAAGUCGCCCUAGUCUGCCGGCCCAACAGAAUCGACCAAGUCAAUCAAGUCAGCCAAUUCAGGCUGCGAGGCAACGCAUACGUGCGCAGUCUGCGGAGCCGGAGACUCCGACUCGAAUCAAGAAGGAUAUGUCGGCCUCGCCAACCAUUGUCAAGAAAGUCCCUAUCGGCAACUUUUUCGGCGCUUUACCUUCAAGCUCUCGUGGUCAGGUCCUGGCUCCUCCGGCUCAGGCUCGGCCCAAGCCAGUUUCAAAGCCCGUGAGGAUUGCCUUUCCCGAAAACCCUGGUUCCCAUGACCAGCGAACAUACUUCUUAGUCCGAGAAGAGCGGUCCCCAGCAAAAGCACGGUCCAUCCCGUGGCAGAUGUUCAAGACUAGCUCGGAUCUGAUCGAUCGCAUGGUGUCCGAGCUGGCCCUUGGAGAGGACCCUAGUGAGUGGCAGCUGCAUUACGAACUCAAUAAUCAGUCCCGAUAUUCAUGUGCGGUCGUCCAUCUCGUGUGGGCAGACCUGAAAUUUGUUAUCCGGCAAGAUAAUGACAGGGACCUUCAAGAGCUGGUGCGACAUGUUGGGUGUGCUUGGCAUGCCGAUGAACAAGGUAAAAUCUCCAAGGCGGAAUUCCGUAUUGAGGUGACCUUGAAGGAGUAG